AGCCAGCCAGCCGCGGGCGUGGGUUAGCUUGAAUGUAGUCAUGUGUGAGUGAUGUGGUGGCUUGUACAAUGUCUAGAUCACGUGAAUGACUGUAACGGUUGUUUUAGCAAGUGAACCGACAGAUUACGCUCAUUCAUAUCAGUUUGUGCCAUGUACAGUAGUAUGGGCGAGUCAACACUUCAUUUGAGGAAGUAGCUAGCAUGUAUAGCCAGGUCAGGGAAUAGAGAGGCUGUGUUUUAAAAAGAUACUGACUUGCCUUCCUAGACACCAUUAUAGGCGCAUUCGAACAAAAAGCUGCACUUAUGCACUUGCUGUCUAGGUAGGCAUCUCGCUAGGUGUUGAAACGCAGUCAGACUCCAAUGGUUACUGACAGCCUUAUGAUUGACACUCGUUUCCCUAAAAUAGCUUUGGGGGUUAUGCAGCUCUCACUGUCACUAAUCAUGUCGGACGUGGCCAUAAGAAUGAAUUUGUAUAUAUUUGUAUUGCACAUUUGCAUUUGGAAACAUUACUUCCGUGUGUGGGGGCUGUGGGUGAGCGCUGGCUGAAGGACAAUGGCACAUGUUGGGGCAGUAGUUGCAGCAAUGGCCGGUGUGAUGGCCAUUCUGCUUCAUUCUUCCAUACACAAGAUUGAGGAAGGACAUUUAGCUGUGUAUUACAGAGGAGGAGCUUUGUUGACAACUCCUAAUGGCCCGGGUUAUCAUAUAAUGCUGCCUUUCAUCACUUCAUACAGAUCAGUGCAGACGACUUUGCAAACUGAUGAAAUAAAAAACGUGCCUUGCGGAACCAGUGGGGGUGUCAUGAUCUAUUUUGACAGAAUUGAAGUGGUCAACAUGCUGGUUCCAUCAGCAGAAAAAAAGCUCUUUUUCUCCACAGUGGUUGACAUAGUGAAGAACUACACUGCAGACUAUGACAAGACGCUAAUCUUCAACAAAAUUCACCAUGAGUUAAACCAGUUCUGCAGUGUGCACACACUACAGGAAGUCUACAUAGAGCUGUUCGACAUAAUUGAUGAGAACUUAAAGACUGCGCUGCAGAAGGACUUGAAUGCUAUGGCUCCUGGUCUCACUAUUCAGGCUGUGCGAGUCACCAAACCUAAAAUUCCCGAGGCAAUCAGAAGAAACUAUGAGCUAAUGGAAGCAGAGAAGACAAGGCUGCUUAUCACCGCUCAGACGCAGAAAGUUGUGGAGAAAGAGGCUGAAACUGAGAGAAAGAAAGCUAUCAUAGAGGCUCAGAAAAUGGCUCAAGUGGCAGAGAUUCACUUCCAACAAAAAGUGAUGGAGAAGGAAACAGAGAAAAAGAUUUCAGAAAUUGAAGAUUCUGCUUUCCUGGCAAGAGAGAAGGCAAGAGCAGAUGCAGAAUAUUAUACUGCUGCAAAAUUUGCUGAAGCCAACAGGCUGAAGCUUACACCAGAGUACCUGGAACUGAUGAAAUAUCAGGCCAUAGCUGCAAACAGCAAGAUCUACUUCGGUCAGGAAAUCCCAAACAUGUUUGUAGACAACAGUGCCUCCCGUCCAGCCGCGGGCCAGGGUGCGGCAGAUUUGGCGGAGCAGCUGGAGUCCUUGACUUUGAAAGAGAGUCUUAAGAAAGCGUCCAAGCCCAAAGCCACAGAAGGCCACUGAGGGGCCUGAGAGCUGUCCACCCCCUCUUCCUCAGCUGUUUCUCUUUUUCUCUCUCUCUCUCUCUCUUUGUGGGGCAUGGGUGCUUGUGAGGCAUGCUGACAUGGAUGCUUUUCACUCUUCUACUGCAGUGGGGUUGGGUGCUUGGCUAGCUGUGCUGUGAGUCAGUUAGCUGAAGAGACUGACACACAGAGCCUGUGGUUUUCCAGCAGUCACUUGUGGACUAAAAAAAAAUGGAACUGUGCUACUGAAUAUUUCCAGGUUGAAUUGUUGUGAUUCAAAUAUAAAAAAAAUCCCUCAAUCUCCCCAACUCACAUUAGCAUGCUUUCCCCCCUUUUUUUUUUUUUUUUUUUUUUUUUUUGCUCUCAACUUUUGAUUCUCUUUUACAAAUCCAUGCUAAUUAUUUGUUAGAUGCAGAUGCAUCUAUGUGAAGUAUGUUAACAUUUUGAGGUUUACCUUUGUGUUGUCUUUAACAUAACUGGAAUUAUAAGGCAUCACACUAAUUGAGAUCAAAGGCAAUGGCUUUAUUAGCUACAAUAUGAUGAGACUCACUUUGUAGCCAACAUUUGUCAUCUCCCUUUCUUUUAUAUAUUGUUGAAGGGAUACUUAACCCUAAAAUUUAUAUUGUCAUAAUUUGUUCACCUUCACAUCAUUCCAAACAUGUAAGACCAUCUUUCUUCUGUGGAACAAGGAUACAGUAUUAAAAAAAAAAAAAAAAAACUGUCGAUAUAAUGAAAGUUAUUGGGGUCCAAUAUUGUACUUUGCUUGGACCCCAUUGACUUUCAUUGUAUGGACAAAAAACGUUUUAAAACAUUCUUUAGAAUAUCUCAUUUGUGUUCCACAGAAGAAAUAAAGUCUAACAGGUUUGGAACGACGUGGGGAUGAGCAAAUUAUGUCAGAAUAUUCAUUUUUAGGUGAUCUACCCCUUUAGAAAAGUCCUCAUUUCCAUCAUCAUUAACUUCAUUAUAGUUCAAAUCUUAAUUUAGUUCAGCCACAACUGCAGAGAUCUUUUACGUGUGUAUGUAAGAUUGAUCUUGUUUUAAAAUGAUCCCUGCUUGAUUUUUGUUGAUCUUUAUGAAGACUUUUUCUACGACAUUGACACCUGAAUACUUGGUGUGAAUUUAAUUUCAUGUAAUGUAAGAAAUAGUGGGUUUGGUAUAGUAUUGUGUAGCUUGUUAGUUUGUGGGUGCUCUGUAAAUGAUGUUGAAUUGUUGGAAAGGGUGGCACUGAGCAUGGGUUUCAUAAAGUUUCAUAAGAUGUUAAUGUUUUGUUCCGGGGCUCCAGCCUUUGAAAAGCUAUGAGAUGGACAGCUGUUGGAUAAUAUAUAGUCAGUUCCUUUAUGACUGAAAAUGCCUUUAUGCCUUUAGUUGAGCUUGUUUGUUUUGUCAUUACUGGAAGGAGUUUAUUUCAAAGGGAAUUCGGUUACAAAAAGGGCUGCUGUAUUAUUAGGCACUAUCAAGAAAUUUAGCAUUAUGAUGGAUGAAUCAGACAUUCUAACAACAUAUUAAUGCAUGUUGGGAGCCAGAUGAUGAUUUUCACUUGAGUUGACCUGAAGCCUCAAAAGCUUAAUUAGAAUUUCACCACUAGGGGAAGCCAGUGAUCUUCAGGAAUCAAAAGACUGGAAAACAAAGAGUUAAAUGACUCAAAAAUGUGGCCAAGCUUCUCUUAAAAGGUUAAGUUGCUUUCAUACGCCAAUAUUAACAAUGCAUUAAAUCAAACCAUCUAAACUAAGUUUUGAAUAGUGUCAACUAGUACUAUCUCUCAGGAAAAGAGACCUGUGUGUUAACUUGAAUGACCUGCUUUUUUUUUUUUGGUAUCUUACAUUUUAACCUCUGACCAAUUCACAGACAUCUGAGUCAAAUGUAAGGUCAUGUUGUCUGUGUGAAUCUGUCACACAGCACAUAGUUUUUACAUCCUCUUCAUACUUAUCGAUUAAAGAGACAAGCAUUCAAUAUAGUUAGUCUGAAUGUUCCUUCUACAAAUAGCGACUUCUCCCAUUUUCCUCUUAAAUUGACUUCAUUCAGUGUUUUCCUUCAAGGUUUAAGAUUAAUUGCCUCAAAAGAUUUUUUUAUCCAUAUGAUCCCUGUGAUUCUUAUGGUUGAUUAAACGAGAGAGGACAGAACUUGACUGCCCUGGAAUAAACCCACUCUGUGAAUGUCACUUUUUUAUGUCAUCAUAAUUUAAGCUCCUAAUUUUAAAACAUUUAUAUGCAAAAUUUAUAAAAUUUUGACAAAUGUUCAAUUCUGUGAAAUAAAACCUAUUUUGAUACCAUGAAA